AUGGCUGAUCCCAAAACUCCACGGAGCUGGUCAGAGUCCGGCGACUAUGAAUCAUUCCUUCGAGAAGAUAACUUAUUCUCGUUACUCGAUCAAUCACUUUCCUUCGAUUACGAUUCGUUCGAUAACCCUUUAAAAGAUUUUCAAACUCAAACUUGGUUUUCUUUCCAAGACAGCAAUAAUGUUAAUCCUAUCUCAACUAGUCUUUCGGCUGUUGAUCAUAUGUUCAUGGCUGCUUCAGUUGAUCAUGAAGCCAACUCUAUUUUGUCUCAAGAUGUGUUAAGUGGAUCGUGGAAUGAAAAUACUGGUUACUACAAUAAUCAUGCUGAACCAAUAAGAGAUGAAAUAUCAAGAACCAAUGGCAUAGGAAAUACAAAUAUGGCGAUAAUACUGCAUGAAGAUAAUAACACGAUGAUAGAGACAUCAGCAAGCCAGAAGAGGAGAUACAGAGAUGAUGGAGUCAUCAAGACGUUGUCAAGGGAAACAAUGAAACCAUACUUCUACAUGCCCAUAGCUAAAGCAGCCAAAGAGCUUAACAUUGGAGUAACCCUCUUGAAGAAGAGAUGUCGUGAGUUAGGAAUUCCUCGUUGGCCUCACCGUAAGCUUAUGAGCAUUCGGGGCAUAAUUACUAACCUCAAGGAUCACUUAGAGAAAACGGAGGGAGAAAGGAACAGAAGUAAGCUGAGGAACGCUUUGGAGAUUUUGGAGAUGGAGAAGAAGACGAUUGAGGAGUCUCCUGAUUAUGAAUUUGGGGAUAAGACUAAGAGGUUAAGACAGGCUUGCUUUAAAGCCAACUACAAACGAAGACGGCUCUUGUCGUCUGUUUCGUGA